AUGGGGGGCAGAGUCAUUCUCAUUAAUUCGGUCCUUGCUAACCUCCCUAUCCAUUAUCUGGCUUUCUUCAAGGCUCCCAAUAAGGUUGUGAAGGACUUUAUAGCGGUUCAACGACGAUUUUUAUGGGCUGGGAACUCGAGUGAAUCGUUUAUCCCUUGGGUUUCUUGGAAUUCCGUUUGUAAACCUAAGGAAGAUGGUGGCCUGGGUAUUAAGCAUGUCGGUAGGUUGAAUAGUGCUUUAUUGGCAAAGUGGAUUUGGAGAUUUCAAACUGGUGAAAAUGAAAUAUGGAGGAAUACCCUUACUAACAGAUACGGUAACCUUAACAUUAAGUCUCAAACCUAUUCUGAAGUGGAUAGUUCGAGAUCCAAUUCGUUGUGGAUGAAGGAUAUUAUGGCUAAUGCAUCUCUAAACUCUCACGCCAACUUCUGUAAUUUCAUGGCCUGCUCUGUUGGUGAAGGUUAUGAUGCGGCGUUUUGGAAGUCAAUUUGGAUAGGCGACAUGCCGUUAAAAGUCAGAUUCAAUGGUUUGUUUCAGAAUUGCUCUAUGAAGACAAUGUCCGUUCGGGAUAUGGGUUACUGGGAGAAUGGGAAGUGGAUCUGGAAGUUGAGAGAUUUGUUGGCUGAUCCAGAUUUUCAUCCUGAACCAAAAUGGUCUGAAUGUUGUAGGUUGCUGGAUAAUAUUUCAGUUACUCCUGGUGAAUCCGAAAAAUGGCGGUGGACUGCUCAUGAUUCUCUAUCCUUCAAGGUUAGUUCUUUUUACUCAGUCCUUUACUCCUCCCUUCCUGAACAAGCCAUUGGUUCAAACUGUGCUUCCCUUAUUGAGUCCAUCUGA